ACAAGCACCCACACCUUCUGAAGGCAAGAAAAAGAAAAAUCCUAAACCUCAAAACCCACAGACAGUUCGUUCAAAAUGGGAAUCAAAGAUCUGCUCAGAUUCUUGAAACCUUUCAUUAAGCCCGUUCACAUCAAGAAAUAUGCUGGCAAGCGGGUGGGUAUAGAUGCUUAUUCAUGGUUACAUAAAGGAGCAUAUUCAUGUAGCAUGGAGAUUUGUUUGGAUUCAAACAGUGAAAAGAAAUCUCGAUACAUAGAUUACUUUAUGCACAGAGUCAAUCUUCUUCGUUACCAUAAGAUAACUCCAGUUGUUGUUUUUGAUGGUGCAAAUAUCCCCUGCAAGGCUGCCACUGAAAAUGAAAGAUACAGGAGGAAGAAAGAUAAUCGGGAAUCGGCAAUGGCUAAGCUUAAAGAGGGGGAUGUUAAAGGUGCAAGUGAGCUUUUCCAGAGAGCAGUGAGUAUCACUCCAGCAAUGGCACAUCAAUUGAUUCAGAUCCUAAGAUCAGAGAAUGUUGAAUUUUUGGUAGCUCCAUAUGAGGCUGACGCACAGCUAGCAUAUUUGGCCACCCUCGAGGCUGAAAAAGGUGGAGUUGUAGCAGUGAUUACAGAAGACAGUGAUCUAAUAGCAUAUGGUUGCCCAUCUAUCACUUUUAAAAUGGACCGAUAUGGCAAUGGAGAAGAACUAGUACUGUCUAAAAUUUUUGAAUCUGUAACUAGUAAGCCUUCCUUCAAAAAUUUUGGUAAAGAAUUGUUCACCGGUAUGUGUGUCUUAGCUGGAUGUGAUUUCCUUCCAUCUGUUCCUGGAAUUGGGAUUGUAACGGCACAUUCCUUGGUCUCCAAGUAUCAGAACUUAGACCGUGUUCUGUCAGUUUUGAAGAUAAAGAAGGGUAGUCAAAUGCCUGAAGAUUACUCCAAAUCUUUCAAAGAAGCAAUUGCAGUUUUUCAGCAUGCCAGAAUAUACGAUUCUGAAACCAAGGGGCUUAAACACAUGAAACCUCUUACACAACAGCUUCUGCAAUCUCUAGAUGAAGGGCUUGAUUUCCUGGGACCAGAAAUCCCUCCAUCGGUAGCAACUGCAAUUGCUGAAGGAAACUUAGACCCCAUUACGAUGGAGGCCUUUGACUGUAUCCUAACUUCUAGAAAUCAUCUAGAGCCUACUGAAUUUCAAACUUCUGGUCCAAUGAACAUGAGGCAAGUUGCAGUUUCAACUGAAAGAAAGUAUUUCGAAGAUGCUGGACUAGAGAAAUUAGCAUUUCCAGUAAAAUCUCAUGCGAAAAAUGAGAAUGAGGUUUUAGAGGAAAUUCUAUUGAAGGUUCCAAAUAACAAUCCUUUCAAGAAAAGUAAACUUGACGAAAUACACAUAGCCGAGACAAAGGACAUAGCUGAACUAGUUUCAUCAAAAGGCGAGGAUGAGAAGCUGGAAAUCUUGGGUGUUUUUCCCGAUAAUAGUCAAUUGACAUUUCCUGUAAAUAGUUGUAUAAGUGAUGGAAAACUUGAAGUCUCCAAUCAGAUGGAGAGCAAUGCUGAACAAAUUUCAAUGGUGACUGAGGUAGACUGUUCUGAGACCAUGGGCAUCAACAUGGGAUCCCAAGAAAGUGUGAGUUCUAAAACCAAAAGAGUGUUUAGUGGGAGAGGAAGAGGCCAAAAUGACAAGUUGAAGAGAAGUAAUUGCAGCAACUCAAGGACUAGGAACAGUAUUUUGAACUUUUUUGCUCGUGUGUAA